UUUAUCUACACGAAAUGCCUGUCCCCAACCAGCGCUAAUGCUCGUAAAUAUGCCUGGAUUUGUGUACAUGUGUACGUAAAUAUUAUGCAGCUUAUCUUCAAUCACCUUCCAAACAAAACGCAAACGCUGAGCGAGAAAAAUAAAAUAACAGCAAGAGCGUGAUCAACAAAAAUUUCAGUCUAGCAUUUGAAGACGACAAGUGCUGUAGCUCAGAGAGAUCGUUGAGUGGGUUGAUAGAUAUUACUUAUCUACACAUGUACAUAUGUACAUAGUUGGAAGAUAUUACGCACGAUCAAUUUAGUAAAAAUUUACUUUUUCAAAAGUAAACUAAAUAUUCCAUGAAAAUGACGUCCAAGCGGAGAGUAUGUAUUGUGGGAGCCGGAAUGGCUGGACUCACCGCGCUGCAGAAUGCAUUGCAGCACGAUUUUGAGGCAGUGGCGUACGAACGGCAUUCAGCAGUCGGUGGCACUUGGAAUUAUAUGGAACGAAAGGAGGACGAGAGUGAAGAGGAUGUACACAGUAGCAUGUAUCGUGACUUGCACACAAAUUUGGGUUUUCCAGAUUACGAUUACGACACAAGCAUUGAAGAGUCUUUCAUCAAAUCUGAGUUGGUAUUGAAAUAUUUAGAGGAUUAUGCAAAGCAUUUUAAUUUAACACCAUAUAUCAACUUGGAACAUGAGAUAGUACGUGUGCGACCACGUAACGAGGGUUGGGAGGUUAUUGUACACAAUCUCAAGAACGAUAAGUAUUUUGUAGCGCACUUCGAUUAUGUGUUUGUUUGCAAUGGACAUUUCACUACACCCAUGUAUCCCGAUACCGACGGUCUGGAUAAGUAUAGAGGUGAACGCCUACACAGUCAUCUAUAUCGAAGCCCCGAAGUUUUAAAAGGUCACACCGUUCUGGUAGUUGGUGGAGGGCCAAGUGGUGUUGAUAUCGCCCACCAUAUCUACAAACACGUUGAGCACAUAUUUCUUAGUCAUCACCUGGAGGCCGCACCACACACCGAUUUUAUGUCGAACGUGCAGAAGCCAGAUAUACAGCGUUUCACCGAAAAUGGCGCUAUUUUCAAAGACGGCAGCGCAGCUUCUUUCUCUUAUGUGAUUUUUUGCACAGGAUAUAAAUACACCUUCCCCUUCUUGAGUGUGGACUGUGGCCUAAACGUUGAUGUCAAUUGGGUGCAUCCGCUCUACAAACACUGUUUAAGCAUUAAUAAGCCAACGAUGGCCGUCAUUGGUCUACCACAUCAAAUCUGUCCAGCUCAACUUUUCGAUUUACAAGUGCGUUUUGCGCUUGCUUUCUUUACGGGGCGCAAGCAAUUGCCUAGUCGCGCUGAGAUGCUGGCUGAAACGGAGGCGGAUAUGGAGCAGCGUUGGGCGAGUGGAGUAUCGAAACGGGUAGCACACAAAAUGGGACCGAAACAG